GGGUCGCUUCUGCAGCAGCAACAGGGUGCGGCCCGCCGCGGGGGGCGCCGGAGGAGCUUCCAGAAAGACCAGCGCGCCAGCCGGCCCUGCGCGGCUCUCCGGGCGCCCUACCCCUCCCAAGACCCCGGCCCCGGUGCUGGGAGCUCUGCCCUGAACCAUGUUUUUCACCUGCGGCCCCAAUGAGGCCAUGGUGGUCUCCGGUUUCUGCCGAAGCCCCCCAGUCAUGGUGGCUGGAGGUCGAGUCUUUGUCCUGCCUUGCAUCCAGCAAAUCCAGAGGAUCUCCCUCAACACAUUGACCCUCAAUGUCAAGAGUGAAAAAGUUUAUACUCGCCAUGGGGUCCCCAUCUCAGUCACUGGCAUUGCCCAGGUGAAAAUUCAGGGGCAGAACAAGGAGAUGUUGGCGGCUGCCUGUCAGAUGUUCCUGGGAAAGACUGAGGCCGAGAUUGCCCACAUUGCCCUGGAGACGCUGGAGGGCCACCAGAGGGCUAUCAUGGCCCACAUGACUGUGGAGGAGAUCUACAAGGACAGGCAGAAAUUCUCAGAGCAAGUUUUCAAAGUGGCCUCCUCAGACCUGGUCAACAUGGGCAUCAGCGUGGUUAGCUACACUCUGAAGGACAUUCAUGAUGACCAGGACUAUUUGCACUCCUUGGGGAAGGCUCGAACAGCUCAGGUCCAGAAAGAUGCUCGGAUUGGGGAAGCCGAGGCCAAGAGAGAUGCUGGAAUCCGGGAGGCCAAAGCCAAGCAGGAGAAGGUGUCUGCUCAGUAUCUCAGUGAGAUCGAGAUGGCCAAGGCGCAGAGGGACUAUGAGCUGAAGAAGGCUGCGUAUGAUGUCGAGGUCAACACCCGCCGGGCCCAGGCUGACCUGGCGUAUCAGCUGCAGGUGGCCAAGACUAAGCAGCAGAUCGAGGAGCAGCGGGUGCAGGUGCAGGUGGUGGAGCGGGCCCAGCAGGUGGCAGUACAGGAGCAGGAGAUCGCCCGCCGAGAGAAGGAGCUGGAGGCCCGUGUGCGGAAGCCCGCCGAAGCCGAGCGCUACCGGCUGGAGCGCCUAGCUGAGGCAGAGAAAUCCCAGAUGAUUAUGCAGGCAGAGGCAGAAGCUGAGUCUGUGCGGAUGCGUGGGGAAGCUGAGGCCUUUGCCAUCGGGGCCCGAGCCCGGGCAGAGGCUGAGCAGAUGGCCAAGAAGGCAGAAGCGUUCCAGCUCUACCAGGAGGCUGCUCAGCUGGACAUGCUGCUGGAGAAGCUGCCCCAGGUGGCAGAGGAGAUCAGUGGUCCCUUGACCUCAGCCAACAAGAUCACACUGGUGUCCAGUGGGAGUGGAACUGUGGGGGCAGCCAAAGUGACUGGAGAAGUGCUGGACAUCCUAAGCCGCCUGCCGGAGAGUGUGGAGAGACUCACAGGUGUCAGCAUUUCCCAGGUGAACCACAGCAAGCCUUUGAGAACAGCCUGAGCCCCCAGCCCUUACCGACGCCCAGCUUCCUUGCUUCAAGUGGCCUGAGUAGUCCCCAAAUUCAUGUAUCCCAGUGGCCUCCCUGGGCAAGCCCUUCAUCCGUGGGAUUCCACCCCUCAUGUCUCCUUGCCAAAUUGCCUGUGCCUGGCCUUGGAGGGGGAGAAUUGUUCUCUCUCCCUGCCCCAACACUGCCAACACUACCCAUCCUUGGGGGGGGAGGGGGGCAUGCCAGCCUGCUGAUUAUCCCUCCCCACCCACCUACUUUAAUUUCCUAAUUAAAUUUGUCUCAACCUGA